CGCUUUCAAUACAAUUGCGCCAAAUCUAUUGCACCACCCUCUUUCAGCUGGGCCCCCGUUUGGGCCAACCAAAAGGCACAGGGGCGCGGCGUCAGGACGGUGCACGAGGCGCCGGAGGAUAUACCGCCGCCGCUCCUGGGCGGCGACAGCGAGGAGGACGGGGCCGUCACCCGAGGCAUCGCGCUGCGGUACCAGUUCGAGGCCCUGCUGAACGAAGUGCGCUACCCUCCGAGCGCCCUGCAGUGCAGCUGGCGGCUCCGGCCGACGGGGCACCCCGUGCCCGAGGACCUCGUUGACGACGUCCCCCCGCGACCCUUCGAGCUCCGGAGCAACGCGGACAGCGCCCCGGCGCCUCAGCCGCCGCACUUCGCGCAGCACCCCCUGCGCCCAGAGCAGCUCAAGAGCCUGGGCUGGAUGCUGGAGCAGGAGUGCGGUCGUGGCCUGGGCCCGUUCCAGGUCGAGUGGCGGCGCUACUGGACCACCAAGCCGGAGGAGAUCGACGAGAACGCGUGCAUGAGCCUGGUGUCCCGCGGCAUGCGGGUGUCGAUUACGCCCGCACGAUGCCUCAAGAACAGUCCCCAGGAGAAAACGGUGUGCACGGUCAAGAAAGUAGGAAGGUCUGCGGUCACUGUUUCGUCGCCUUCUGGUGACGACAUCGAUUGCCCUGUCAGCAAGCUCGACGGCUUUUCCCUUCACGAGGUCAUGCCGUUGCCGUUGGAGGCUGGGUGCCUCGUGCGAGUUCGCGGGGACGUGGCCGUCCCGAAGUACGGCUGGGGAAACAUCGACCACGAUUGCUUGGGAGUGGUGAAGUGCGUGCAGAACGAGGAUGUGCUCGUCUUGUUCGACAAGUCUGUGCGGGCCAGGAGACUUGGCACGGGAUGAAGAGCGAGAUGGAGAGGGUGUCCCUUGACACGGCGGGAUCGAGCAACAACAUGCACCCUGAGCUCCGGGUCCAGGCUUCUUACGACGUGAGGGGCGGCAUAUUGGGGGACAAGAUUGGCUUCGGGAAGACGGCCACGACCAUCGGCCUGAUCGAUGCCACGUCCGCGUCUCCCCUGCCAGCGGUCCCGGCGAUCGAUAGGGGCAGGUUCAUCCCCGCGAAGGGCACGUUAGUGAUCGUGCCCUCCAACCUCUUCGAGCAGUGGCUGACCGAGAUCUCCAAAUUCACGUGGGAUGGCCAGAACCUGAAGAAGAGGAUGUCCGGGGGCUGGUCUCCUGCCGGCUGCCCCCUGCGGGUCUUCGCCGCCUGCGACGUGCGCGCCGUCGCCGCGGCGAAGGCCUCGGCGCUGGCGGAGGCCGACGUCGUGCUCUGCUCCUACCGGCUGCUGUACUCGCAGGUUUACUUGAACAGGCGGAGAGAGCUUGUGAACUGCUGCACAGAACUGGGAGCGGUCACGGGGUCAUCGGCGUUGCACAAGCUGGAGCUGGUCACCGAGUCGCUCAUGCAGGGUCACGGCCAAUUUCAUGUGCCCAGCGGCAAAGCCGUUCGUGAAGACCGGCGCUACGAGUCCACAUGGCAAGAGCUGAGGUUCCCCCUCCUGGAGAUGUUCUACUGGCGCAGAGUGGUCUUCGAUGAGUUCCACGAGCUGGAGAGCUUCGAGAGCGCCCAGCAGAACAUCCUGCAGCACCUCCGGUCGCACUUCCGGUGGGGCCUCACCGGCACUCCUCCCGUGGACACCACUGCGGGUGGCAUCUUCAUGUCCUCCCUGUUCCGAGUCGACAUCAUAGGCGGAGGCCCGCGUUGGCUGAAGAAUCCGACGCGCCCAAACUUGGGGGAGUUCGAGACUGACUGCCUCGUCACGUCGCACGCGGAGAGCUUCGUGGGGCACUACGUGCGCCAGAACGUCGCGGACCUGCCCCACAUACGCAUAGAGCACAGCACCGUGCUCGUGACGCACUCGGCCGAGGAGCGGGCCGUGUACCUGGGGCAACUCCACGACUCGCCCGCGCGGUCCAACGAGAGCCUCUCCUCCCCGGACGGCAGGGUGAAGGACUCGGCGUUCGAGGCCCUCGAGAGGCUGCUCAAGCUGUGCUCCCACUUCCAGCCCGGGGGCGAGACCAGCUCGGACGCCAAGGAG